ACUACAUCCGGGUUAGCAUCAUGGCUGCGCUCUGAGGGCGAUCGCUAAAAGAACUGCAGCUGGUUUUGUGUUGAUUUGGCAGCAGCGGGUUAACAAAGGCGGCAUCAUGUUUAAGGACGUGAUGAAGUGGAACACCAGGAUGUCUGCCGUCUACGCGCUGGGCAUCUGGACCAUGGUCGGCUCCUACGCUUAUAUAAAAUAUACUUCCCCCAAAGAUGACGUUUCAGCUCCGGUAGAAGAAGAGCCAGACGAUCCAAACAAGCACAUCUACCAGGGCAAACACCUCAGAUCUGUCGUUAUCUACAAGAAAGACUUUGUUCCAUACUCCACGAGGAUUUACAAUUUCAUCAAGUCCUUCAGUGAAGGAACAGAAUCCAGACCUGGAGCCGCAUCUGGACCUGGACAAGGAGACAAAUAGCUUUAAGGGGUUCUGUUGAGUGAUUCUGUUUUCAUCAGGACGUCAUUGCUGCACCUUAAGAUAUGUUCAACAGCUGAACAAGUCUCCAAGCCGCUGAAAUGUUCGGACAAAUAUUUCAGAGACUUAAGAACCAGAAACAUUCAUGUUAUUCAAUAAACUUCUACAAAAUCUCUUGAUGAAAUCUGUUUCUGACUAUUGACUUCUUUAUGCAUCAAAAGCAAUUGUAAUAUCAUUGUAACAGUCUUAUGUCCAUCUAAAAAGCUUCUCUGCCUAAUGUUUUACUUCAUAUGUUUAAUAAAAGUUUAUAUGUUCUUCUCAUA